CAUGAAGUCAGAAUGAUAAUGCUGGGAGUCUUCUGCAAUAUUUCUUUACUCAGAUCAUGACAAAACAUCCUCCAAAUGGAGGCAUGGACUACAACUGGAAUUUGCAUCAAUCCAAGAUCCCAGACCUGGAGAGUUUACACCUCACUGGGGACAGAAGGUAACUUGCCUGAAAGACCCUGGGAGAUGAGAGUACCUAAGCAAAAUAUCUCUAAACUGAUUUCUUCUUCGUUAUUUUUCUUCCUAGUCUAUGCCCAGACACUAAAACUAAAUGCUCUGGCAAUAGAAGCACUAUAAAAAUCCCCAUGACUUUUUAAAGGUGGUAUUACAUUAUUUUUCCAUGCAUGGAAAAGCAUCAUUUUAAAAUGUCUCUUUCCUAUUGCCAGGAUAUAAGCGUUUAGUUAGGGGUGGUGAGGCUAGCACGUGAGGUCAGGCUGUUUUCCUAUUGUUCGGUGAGUUUGAAAAUAAUACAGUGACUCUCUCGACAUCACUUUGGCUCGUUUCAGUGACUAGAACAUACGUUGUUCAGUCAGUCAGUCAGUCAGGCUGGAUGCUGGGUCAUGAUGCUCUCUAACCGCUCUAUACUUUCUCCAUUAGGUUGAAGCCUCAAGCUAACGAUGACGAGACAAAAGGAUGAAUAAACAGAUUUAUGCGUUUCAGCGCAUAACAAAUGCGGGAUGUCUGUGUCCCUCGGUAAAGGAACGGCGCCGUGGUCACGUACAAGUUCGUGAAUACGGAGAACGCGUAUUAUACGCAGGAAUCUGUCGUAAAAUACGUCCUGGGCUCUGUACUCCGGCGUGAAAGUAGAGAAUACGAGUCUGAGUGCUUCAGAUGAUCGCAUAGGAUAUUUUCUCAACCGCAACCGAGCUUAUGUUAGCAGCCGCGAGCGGAACACUCGGAGAGUCCGGGGGAAUCCAGUGGAUUUCUGACGGAGGCCAUAUUAUGCCGCUCGAAAAUGUACCCGAAUAAUCGGAUGACAGCACUCCGAUCCAUAGAAGGGAAACUUUCGAGCUCAGUUUACACGGUGGGCUUGCAAUAAAAGGACCCCGAGGCUGGUGGUGGUGCGAAGCGGGCUGUGGCUAGCAUGCUGCUAUCACACAUGCAGCCGAACUACAUCGACUGAAAGCUGCGUCGCUUCUCGGGUCGGCUAAUGUUCAUGAGGCGUGUGUGGGUCCUGCGUUCUCAAGAGCCCCACUCCCUUAUAGGGAGACCUGAAUCCGAGCUUCUUUACGGGCCAUAUAUUUGCCUAGCCUGACUGUCAUUUCAUGUAUGGAUGGACGCGUGCAUGCUUUGACAGAAUCCUGCGUGCAUCGUUGCAGCUGGCACAGUGCAUCCCAAGGAGGGGCUCUUACUCUGGCAAAAUAUACAUUGGAUCCGUCGAAGCAUUUAAUUUGCGGAGACUCCUGUCUUCCUAAGAACACUACGUAAGGCUGCAGCGUACGCUACGUCUUUUCGAAGGAAUAAUAUCGGGUGACAUUGCAGUCUCUCCCCUCUCUCUCGGAGAGAUAUAACGUAAGCUCUUCUCGCUUAUUACGUCUGUCAAAGGAAGGGAAGGUGGAGCAUUGUCCGUCGUACGUGCUGACGCAGUGGGAUUUCUACGUGUGGUCUGCGUUUCGACCCGCCCUUCCCGCGGUGACGGUGAUGGGUCGGAAGCGGUGUGUCGGUGCAGAUUGUUCGAAGAUGGCGGCCGGGUGCUGCGGGGUGAAGAAGCAGAAGUUGUCGGGAUCCCCCGGGGCGGGGGGUCCCGGCGGGGCGGGGAGCGGGGUAGCCGGGACCGGACAUUGUGGAUCGGAAUUGGGGAUCGGGUCGUCGUCGACUGUCGUGGCCGGGAACGUGAAUCGGGUGAACGGCCUGGGGGGUCCUGGGGGUAGUAGUAGUAGCAGCAGCAGCAGCAGCGGCAGCAGCAACACCAAUGCUCUGUCCCCAACUCCAGGAGGCUACAACUCAACUGGCCUCUCCCCGACUCUCAGUCCCGGACCUGGCUCGGGAGGCAGGAAAAUGGUCGUUUCGGCGGAGAUGUGUUGCUUUUGCUUCGACGUGCUUUAUUGCCAUCUAUACGGAUACCAGCCUCCUCGAACACCCAGGUUUACAAACGACCCCUACCCACUGUUUGUCACUUGGAAAAUCGGCCGGGACAAGCGGUUAAGGGGAUGUAUAGGUACAUUUUCUGCCAUGAACCUGCACUCAGGACUCAGGGAGUACACCCUUACUAGUGCCCUUAAAGACAGUCGCUUUCCCCCCAUGACGAGGGACGAGCUGCCGCGCCUCUUCUGCUCAGUGUCUCUGCUCACCAACUUUGAAGAUGUUGGUGAUUACUUAGACUGGGAGGUGGGUGUUCACGGCAUUAGGAUAGAAUUUUUUAAUGAAAAAGGAUCAAAGCGCACCGCCACCUACCUGCCAGAGGUUGCGAAGGAGCAAGGAUGGGACCACAUUCAGACCAUAGAUUCCUUACUUCGAAAGGGAGGUUACAAAGCUCCCAUCACAAAUGACUUCAGGAAGACUAUUAAAUUGACCAGGUACCGUAGUGAAAAGAUGACAAUGAGCUACGCAGAAUACAUCGCCCACCGCCAGCAUCAUCACUACCAGAAUGGCAUCGGGCACCCUCUCCCUCCAUACAACCAUUAUUCCUGACAGCGAGCCGCAUGACCAGUCACUGGACCUCUCUGCGGACAUCUUCCCAGGAGAGCCCGCCUCCUCGUGGUCUAGCUAUCUGUACUACUGUACCAUUUUAUGAUGAUAGUUUCCGUUGCCAUGUCGACAGUCAGAUGGAGGCAUGGCAGCGGGUGCAAAUAAGCAUUAGGUGAUUAUAAAGCGAAAAAAUUCAUUUUGUCAUUUUUAUUAUUUGUAUUAAUUUAGUUUUUGCAGCAUAUAUAUAUAUAUAUAUCGACCCCUUCCUUUUUUUUUUUAAGCAAAUAAACAAAUACUAUGUUUUUUUGUUGUUUCAACAAAUUUCCUAAUCAGGUUUCUAAGUCUGUGGAUGGAAAUAAGUCAUAUUAAAUGAUGGGCUAGUUUUGAAGAUAGUAAACUUUUAUCUAUGCUUUUGUGACUUGCUUUAUUCGGCGCAAUUUUUUUCCCCCUUUUAUUGUUUCUUAUUAGUUUGACUUUUUAUCAUGUAGGCAACCACAGGGUUUAAGGGAUGUUCUUUCCUCUCUGUGUAAUUCCUCUGAUUAUUUUCCUUUUAUGAGGGGUGAUUUUCUGUUUUCCUUUCUUUCUUUUGUAAAUGUUGUGGGUUGUAGGGUUACGCAGUGUGAGGCUGAGUUAGGCAGUGAAGAUCUAGUGAAGUCUUGUUUGUUUUUUUCCUGUUGACUCAAACUCGUCAGAUAAUUGAAACCACUAUAAUAAAUUUGCUGUUGGGGAUACCAGAAUAUUUGCCAUAAUGCAAAGGCCUGUUGCUCUUAGCGUUAUUGGUGUUGAUUUAAAUUGAAUUUACUUAAACAGUCAGUUAAACCUUUUUUGUGUAGAUUUGAUACACUUUGUGUUUAAAAAAAACAGAAUAUUAAUCUGCUAGUAAUUAAUCUCUAAUUUUACUUCUCAUGUUGAUGUGUUGUAUUAGUGUUUGUUAGUGUUGUUCGUGAGAUCGCAAGUAUAAGUCUGUAUUCAGAAUAAGGGAGUAAAUGAAUGAAGUGUUUUAUAGUCAGAGAUUAAAGUUAGUUAAAGGGAUAGUUCACCCAAAAAUGAUCAUUCUGUCAUCAUUUACUCACCCUCAAGUUGUUCCAAACCUGUGUGAAUUUCUUUAAGAAGAUAUUUUUAGGAACAUGGGUAACCAAACAGGCCUAGGGCCCCAUUGAAUUCCAUAGUAUGGAGAAAAAAAAAUACUACGGAAGUAAAUGGAGCCCAUCAACUGUUUGGUGUCUGAUAUCAUCUUUUGUGUUCAGCAGAAGAAAGAAACUCAUACAGGUUUGGAAGAACAUGAGGGUGAAUAAAUGAUGACAGUGUUAAUUUUAGGGUGAACUGUCCCUUUAAGGUCAAUUAGGUUCAUAACUGACCUUAUGGCCAGAAAGCUGUCUGAAUUUGUCUGUUUUGUUUUGCUCCUAUUUUGUCACACAGAGAGGAAAACCUUUUGAGAGACCAAGGUCAAAUGACAGGGACAAGCUAAAAAAAAAGCCAUACUUUUUUCUCUCUCUUUAAAAAAAAAAAAAAAAAAAAAAGCAGGCUGUGGCAGGGUGGUUGCCCUAAAUGCCUAUUUUUUUUUAAUUCAUUUUUCUCCUGGCACGGGAAUCUUCACUCUGCUAAUUUUUUUGUUUUGUUUUUAAUGAUCUGGUCUUAUGUAUAAAUGUUAAUUUCUGUCUCGCAUGGCAGCAAUGUUUACAUCUCUGUACAAAUGCCACUAUAUUUACAGUUGCUGUAAUGGAGAAGAUCAUUGAGCAGAUGCUAGUGUGGCUUUUUAACCCCCUCGACAUCAUGCGGUGAAGUUUGUUUGAAAAGUGUUGUCAGGAAGUUAAUUUGUAAACAAUGGUUAUAUCCGUCUCCAUUUUCUCUGACAAUUUGUACUAUGUCAGGUCCAUUCUGAAAAGACCACGUCUCGGUGUCUUUUUUUUUUUAAUCGCGUGUCGUCUUAUCUGUAGAUGCAGUGAAUUAGCUUUCGAGUUUCAGUUUUUUGACUGACUCUGAAAGGAAAAAUGGGAGAGGUUCUUUUGAAAACCAGAAAACUAUUUCCUGUCAUUUGUUUUCAUAUGCAAAAUGUUAAGGGCUUUUGGGGUUCCAUCCACAGUCAUUAUCAAGUUCACUAUAACCUAAAAAACAAACAAAAAAACAAUCUGAUUUCAGUUGUGUUGCCUUAAAAAUGGUUAUAACAUGGACCAGUAAAUGUUGCCCAGAGUGCUCAACUAGCAGAUUAUUUUGGCCAGCAUCACAACGUGACAGUUUGACCAGCAACUUCAGCCACUGUGCGUGAAGUUUUUGAGCAAAGAUGUCUGUUUGCCAAACGUCAACUGUUUAUCAUGUUUUGUUUUGUUUUUUUAAUAUUGAGGCCCUCCACUGCCCAGUUGUGACCCUUUUUGUUUUUUAAAUAAUAAUUUGCUUCUCUAAAUCCAACCAAUAGUGACACAUUUGUGGUGUCAGUCUUUUAAUAACCCUUUAAAUAUCUCCACUUCACUGCCUCAGUUUUGAACCCAGUUAUUGUUUUAUAGUUGGACAAUCAGGGCCUCAUUUUUGGUCCAUUAAAACAGCACAAACUGAACUUUUUUUUUUUUUUUUUUUUUUUUUUUUUUUUUUUUUGCUGCAAAACCAAGUCUUUGCAUUUAAGAAAAUUUGAUGUAUACAAAUUUGCAAUACAUUUGUUGCAUGAAUAGGAGGCCUCCUGUUAAACAUGGCAUGCUUGUUUCACUGCUAUAUAGAUAUGAGAAAACAGACUAUAUAAAAUGGUGCUAUUGGACCUCAUGUUGGGGGUGGUCGCAGUAAAUGUGACUGGUCAUGCGGACUCAUUGAUCAUAUCAGACUUUUUAUUAUCCUCAAUAUAUGCAGAUCUGUUUUACAGGUGUUUUUUUUCCUACCAGUGUAACAAAAUCUCCUGCAGGUUUGAAAGGACAAGUAGUGACGAGUCUAACCCCAUCUUUCCCUCAUGGCCUGGGGGACACGGGCAUAUGCUUAUAUCAUCUGUUAUAGAUGUGCACAUUUACGCAAUACACAAUUACCCUGGAGUUUCACUCUUUGUAUCCGUUGUUGAAUGCUGUCGAUGUCCGCAUUCAUUUACAUUGCCAUUUUGAACUACGGCUGGCUUAACCAGCCGAACGCUGUUGCCGUAAUAUGGCCAAAGCGAUAAUGAUGUUCAAUGUGCUGAGUUUACUUUGCUAACAAUGUUUGUUCAAAGAUCCUUGGUUCAUUUUGUUGCAAUUGAUGCUGUGAUGAAAGACAUUUGUUGGUUUCUUUCAUAGUGCUAUAUGUGUAUGUCUAUACAUUAAGUUUUUGAAAACUUAGCUUAAAGUAUUUUGUGAUUCCUAGUGUAGUUUGAACAUGCACUUUGGGACAUUAACUUUAGCAAUCCCUGGCACAUUUGAACACUAGAAACUCUCAGCACCUGUCCUGCAGUUACAUUGCUCAAAGAUGAGUCGAAUGUUGUGGCCCUUUUUUAUUUUUCAUUUUCUCAUUACACUGUCCUUCAUUUUCUGUAACUUUUAACACAAUUGGGACUAGUGCUUGGUAAGUAUAGCUAAUGCUCAUUUUAGGCAUAAAUGUUGGGUUGUCACACCUACAUACGAGCUUCACAUUUACUGUUAAAACCAUAGUCAUUUGGAAGUUAGGCUCAUGUUACCUUUGUGUGUUCAACCGAACCAAAGAUGCCUCCAGCCAUGUCCAAAUGCUGCUCUACAGACCUGCCUUCCUGUCCUUCCAAAAACCUUCCCUGCAAGAGAAAUGUCUUUUUUGUUUUUGUGUAUUUACUUUUUUUUUUUCUUUUGUACAAUUUCUAAUAUUGUUUUAGGUUUUUAGCUACCUAAGUUCAAUGAAUUUUCAUUGUAGCUGUUUCUGAAACCUUGCACGGUGUCUAUGACCGUAAUACUAGGUUGCACUUUUUUUUUAUUUUGUUUUCAUCAUUGUUAUUAUUAUCUAUUUUUGUAAAGAAAGAAAACCCCAUAGCGUGCCUCUUAGAUUUAUGGGUUUCUUAAUGUGUUUUUUUUCCUAAGACCAGCAGUUAUACUUUAUACAAAAGAUGAGCUAAUCCUUAUUUUUAAAUGCCAUUUAAGGAGAAAAAAAAAAAAGCCUUUUUUCUUUACUCUGGACCCAGUAGCUGCACUGGCAUACAAUCGCACUGAUAGAUAUAGGGGGGAAAAAACUAUAAAUAAUAAUAAUAAUAAUAAUGAUGAUGAUGAUGAUAAAAAUAAAUGUAAGAACUAUAAUAAACUUGUUUAAAAACUUUUUUGUAAAAAAAAAAAAAAAGUUAAAGUAAACAAUGACUGUUUUUGUACAUCAAGUUAAUUCUUUAAAAAAAAAAAAUAUUUUGGACCUAGUUUCUAAUUAUUAUUUUAGUGGUUUUCUAUGUUCUGGAACUUUGAGAAGAUGAGUUUUGAUCGUGCCCUUCGAUGAUUGACAUCUUGCAGUGUUGUCAUUGCGGGCACUGGGGUUGCCUGGUGUAGCCCCCUAUGCCCACCACUUUGUUUUAUUUCUGUUUUGAGUUUGGAUUCUCUCUUGCUUUAGGAACUUAAAAUUGCUGAAGUAAUGACUUGGUGAAAAAAGAAACAAAGAGAAAAACAACUCCCCUGUAGAACUAGAUCCUUUACCCCAUUGAAUUGCUGUUAGAGUGAUGAGACUUGAAAUGGGCAUUUAUUAUGAAUAUGAUAGUAUGGCUCCAAAAAAAAGACAAAAAUUACAAAAUCUACAAAAAAAAAAAACGUGUUGGGUUGGGGGGUUGGGGGUGGCAAAUAGAUGGGUUAGAUGUGGGUAUGUGAGCUAUGGCUGUGGCAAUGAUAAUGUAGUUUUAAAACAUUAUUGUUAUUACCUUUUAAAUCAUUUAUCCAAUAAAAAAUCUGAAAGAACAAG